UACCAGUUUGCUGUUUUGUGGUUCAUAAGAGGUGCCAUGAGUUCGUUACCUUCUCUUGUCCUGGGGCUGACAAGGGGCCCGACACUGAUGAUCCCAGAAGCAAGCACAAAUUUAAGAUCCACACCUAUGGGAGCCCCACCUUUUGUGACCACUGUGGGUCCCUCCUUUAUGGGCUCCUGCACCAAGGGAUGAAGUGUGACACCUGUGACAUGAACGUUCAUAAGCAAUGUGUGAUAAACGUGCCCAGCCUCUGUGGCAUGGACCACACAGAGAAAAGGGGAAGGAUUUACCUGAAAGCUGAAGUCAUUGGUGAAAAACUGGAAGUAACAGUGAGAGAAGCAAAAAACCUCAUUCCCAUGGAUCCAAAUGGACUCUCAGAUCCUUAUGUUAAACUGAAGCUCAUCCCAGACCCUAAGAAUGAAAGCAAACAAAAAACAAAAACCAUCCGUUCUACUCUGAAUCCGGACUGGAAUGAGUCCUUCACAUUUAAAUUAAAGCCUUCAGACAAAGAUCGCCGGUUGUCCGUCGAGGUCUGGGACUGGGAUCGAACAACCAGGAAUGAUUUCAUGGGAUCUCUUUCAUUUGGGGUGUCAGAGCUUAUGAAAAUGCCAGCCAGUGGAUGGUACAAGCUGCUGAAUCAAGAAGAAGGUGAAUAUUACAAUGUUCCAAUUCCAGAUGCUGAUGAAGAUGGAAAUGCAGAGCUCCGGCAGAAGUUUGAGGACUGUCAUGUAAAUAUCCACUUCUUCAAGAAAGCCAAACUUGGGCCAGCUGGUAACAAAGUCAUUACUUCAACAGAAGACAAGAGCUCAAGUGUGCCAUCCAACAAUCUGGACAGGGUCAAGCUGACAGAUUUCAACUUCCUCAUGGUUCUUGGAAAGGGGAGCUUUGGGAAGGUGAUGCUGGCAGACAGGAAGGGGACAGAGGAGCUGUAUGCAAUCAAAAUCCUGAAGAAAGAUGUGGUGAUCCAGGAUGAUGAUGUUGAAUGUACAAUGGUUGAGAAACGAGUCCUGGCACUGCAGGAUAAACCCCCGUUCCUGACACAGCUUCACUCCUGUUUCCAGACAGUUGACCGGCUGUAUUUUGUCAUGGAGUAUGUGAAUGGUGGGGAUCUCAUGUAUCACAUCCAGCAAGUAGGAAAAUUUAAGGAGCCACAAGCAGUGUUCUAUGCAGCCGAGAUCUCCAUUGGGUUAUUCUUUCUCCACAACAGAGGGAUUAUUUAUAGAGAUCUGAAAUUAGAUAAUGUGAUGUUGGAUUCAGAAGGACACAUUAAAAUUGCUGAUUUUGGAAUGUGCAAAGAACAUAUGUUAGAUGGAGUAACAACCAGGACCUUCUGUGGCACUCCAGACUACAUUGCACCAGAGAUUAUUGCUUACCAGCCCUAUGGGAAGUCCGUGGAUUGGUGGGCUUAUGGUGUGCUGCUCUAUGAGAUGUUGGCUGGACAGCCUCCAUUUGAUGGGGAAGACGAAGAUGAACUUUUCCAGUCCAUAAUGGAGCAUAACGUGUCCUAUCCCAAAUCACUGUCCAAAGAAGCUGUCUCCAUCUGCAAGGGGCUGAUGACAAAACAUCCUGCAAAACGCCUUGGCUGUGGCCUUGAAGGUGAAAGAGACAUCAGGGAACAUGCUUUCUUCAGGAGGAUUGACUGGGAAAAAUUGGAAAACAGAGAGAUUCAGCCACCUUUCAAACCUAAAGUGGUGAGUGAGAUGCCAAGUCCUUCCCUCGCCUGCACUCCGACUUCCCCGUGGGGUGACAUUAAUGCUGCCUGGCUGGUGGUGCAGAUCUGGGACACUGCUCAAAUAAGGCAAUUUGAUUAUGGCAGGCCAGUCUGUAAGUCUGCUCGUGAUUUGGCACCUUGUGGUGUAACCCAGCGUUAUUUGUUCCUUUGCAAAAAUGUCUCUCGGUGGUUUGAGUCCUGCCUGGACGGCCACGCACUGCGGGAGGUGCCGAAAACGGGGAAAAUUGGCAUAUUCACAUCAGUGGCUGAUGUGUGA